AUGCCAGUAACCCCGGUGUUGCUCCAUGAGAUGGCGCAGCUCUCGUUAGUUCGCGCAGGCUCAGAUCAUAUCUUAGGCGAUCGCUGGGCUUAUCGCUUUAUUAAGCGUCUGCCAGAGGAUGUGAAACUAUCGUCAGUGAAGCAAAGAACGAAGGAGUAUAAGCGUAUUCAGGCAGAGGACGUAUGGAAGCUCGAUGUGUGGUAUAUGAAGCUGAAAAAUGUGAUCAACAAGAAUACCCCAGCACGGUUGGUAUACAACUUCGACGAAUGUGGUUUCCAACCAGAAAAGGGCAAGAAUCGAAAAGUGAUUGGACAGAAAGAAGGGCCUGAUCUUGGAGAAAACGAGCAUUCAGAGACUAUUACUGCUCUAGAGUGUAUUGCUGCAGAUGGUUGGUUUAUGGACCCGUUGUUCGUUUUUAAAGGUACUACCUUCCAAGAAGUUUGGUAUGAUAACAGUGAGGGCCUGCCACCAUAUACACUUAUAGCAGUAUCUCCAAAUGGCUGGAUUUCUCAUGAACUACUUCUUGAGUGGCUUGGGCACUUUCAGGAAGCAACAAAAGAGCGAGUGGAACCUAAUGAGAAGCGUAUUGUGAUCUUUGAUGGUCAUAACUCUCAUCUUACAGUUGAAUCCCUGGAAAAAUGUUAG